GUCAUUCUUCCUCAGAACUGUUCUCAAGCCCCAAAGGAAACAGGAGUCUACAAAAUUUCCAAUCAUGGAUCAGACUCAUUCCCAGUGUACUGCGACCAGACAAGUGAUGGAGGUGGUGCGUCAAACUAAACAAGAGAAGCUCAAUGGGGUUAACCGUUAGGCGUAAAAUGAUAAAAAAAUUCAGCCGCUAGGCGUAUAAAAUUGGCAAAUUUAGAGCGUUAGUCGUAAAAAAAAAUCAACCUCAGAGUGUUUUCUGGUGGCCACAGUGGAAAGAUAUUAGCCGUUAACCAAAAAUAGGCCAAAGCUUAAUCGUUAGCCGUAAAACCAAUCAAUACAUUGAGACCCUCGAGUAAGGGUCAUCAGUAUCGCUCUGAAUGAGGACCAACGCUCGAAACGUCAGCCUUUAAACUCUUUACGGUGGCCAAUUUACGUUUUCAACUCAGUUGACAACAUUAGAUUACCCUGUUAUACUCUCCCACCGACGCAGCACCGUAGUUUCUCUCGAAACUAACCCACGUUUUUCCCAAAAAAAUAUUUCAUUUAGAAGUGGCUAACUCACUUGGCUGAGAAGGUCUGUGGACUUAGGUCAUGUCCAUUCAGUCAAUUAUAAAAACUAUUUCUAGAGUUUUCCAAAGGAACAAGCAAUUUUCAUUAACCUGGACAAUUUUUGACAAUUUUUUUUUCUAUUUUAAGGUUGGACGAUGUUAUUCAAAUACAUUGGAGGAAAUUCUUCCUCUCCGACUGCUGACGCGUUAUGGAGUUCAUCCGACACAUUAUCAGAAAAUGUUAUCGCUGCCUUAGAUACCACUUCAACCUACCAGGGAAACUACAAAAACCGUAUCGUUCAAAGUUGGCAAACUUUUAACCCUCAAGAGGUAAGUCCGGAAAAUAUCUACACCACAGGGGGUUAGGCUAAAAUACACCUUAUUUUACAAAUUUCUUAUGCAAUGUUAAUGUAUUUCCAUAGAAAUGGCCUGUAAAAAUAAAUCGGUUAGAUUUUUUUUUAUUUUUUUCUCAUUAGCCUGAAAUUUCCACCUUAUGGAAACUUGUCUUCAAAUUGUUUGUUACGAAACACUUUUCCAAAUAAUGUUCAUUAUGUUCCUAAAGACAAACCAAGCAGGCACUUUUCUCAACUGCUCUUGCCUCUUUUGAAAGGAAUUAAGGAAUAGAAAAAAAUAGAAUUUAAAUGGUAUAAAAGAAUAUAAACCAAAACAAUUUGUUUCAGAGAGUAAUAUCACAGGCCAUGCAAUGAGAUCCCUAUUUGUUACGUUCUUUUGUUUACCUGACUUCCCAAACCUUAAGAGUGUAUCGUCUUGGGAAUAGGUAUAAGGAAAGUGCUUAUGUUUUAUCCUUGUAGGAGAAUAGUUCUUAGAAAAGGAGUUGUUUUAAAAUUGUGAAAUUCUCGCAAGAGAAACAACGACCGGUCGCAAGGUCAAACCACAACAAAAUAUGCAAACCACAAUGAUAUAAAAUAUUCAAAGAAAAUUCUGAGCUGAAAUAAAAUUGCUCAAUCCGAAAUUACGUUAAAAAGUACUCAGGGUGUAAGGGAGCUUUUAAUGCUUCAAGAACGAUUGAAAAACAAGGGUUGCCGUGCCAAAGACAGAGUGAUACUAGAACCAAGCCGAUAAAAUAACUUCGGGCUCAAAACUUUGCCUUCUCGAGUUUACAUAGAGCCAUGGCAUGUGGUACUGAAAAUAAGUUUGUAAAAACACAAUAAGAAUUGAUCAACAAUUCUUUAAAUUCCCCGAUGUAACGAUUCUUAUCUUAUCCCAUACUUAUGUAUUUGAUAUGUAAACAACAGAUAAUUUUCUUGUCUGACUUUAGGUUCGUGUAGUGCUUUACACGAAUGGAGCAGAAGUUAUGUCUAUGAGGUUCAAUGCCAGAGGAACAACUAACGUGGACUGGUUUACACAAAAUAAUCUACUUCAAUCACCAUGGACAGAUCUUAAGAGUGCGACAAACAUAUAUCCCUUUCUCAUCAAUGGCCAUUCUGUUUCACGAAACUUUGAAAUUACAGCUAAGUACGACGGAUGCGCUAAUGAUGUUGGGUGGUUUAUGAUCGGGGGACCUUACUGUGCAUGGGAGAGAUUUCACCCCGUGCCGGCAAUUCUAUACAGCAAGAAAACUCACAACAUCACAUGGAAUAAUGUCCAAGGUAGAAAUUGAUUUUAAAAAUCUUGAAAUACUUCUGUUGUGGUGAAAAUUGAUGUAAGAAAUCUUGGAAUACCUUUAUUACUGUUUUUGUUUGUUUGUUUGUUUGUUUUUGUUAUCAAAUCAGGGAAAUAACGAGAUAUUUCCUAAACAGACCUCCUAAUGGAAUGGUUUCGUUGCCAUCUCCUUUUCUUCUUCAGGGUUGUGACCAGGAUUUCGAAGCGGGAUGGAGUGGGGGGGGAGGGUCUCACUGUGUCAAAUGGAGAGUACUCGCCAGAUUGCCAUGUCGACCUUUUAUAAAUAUGGUGUAAUAGUGAUAUUUAAUUACUAGGCAAAAUAUCGGUAGGAAACUGAGAGGAGAAGUGUAAUAACUGCACGAGUCAUCUGAAAUUUAACCUCUCCGAUGAUUAAAAGGCCAGUGCUCUAGAUCAGGUUUCACUCGGAAAAGGUCACUUUUACUAACUUUUUAUUUGUUUAAUUUUCUUUUCUCCAUCUAUCUCUAAUUAUGGAUUAUGUAUUAUGUUAACAAUCUAUUUAAGGAGAUCUCAAUAAAUAGUUUACUAUCUAUUAUUUAUCGCUAGUUUUUUUGUUAUAUUCUUUUCUCAAGCCGACGUCGGAGGCGCUGAGGUUAUGGUUGUGUAUGUACGUUGAAGACCAAGGAUGCCAGCCAAUGAAUCUGAAUGAAAUGUUGAGAAGUAAAACUUCUGCCUUAACGUUAUACGCAAAAUGA